AUGAGGGACAGAGCUCGGAUACCGUUGCUGGCGAGGUCCGUCAAGGACAGAUUUACCUUAUAUUUGGGCGGAGCAGAUCCUUGGGCUGCUCGAAGUUGGUUGAAGAAUGUAGAGAGCACCUUUGAGUACCUGAGUUGCACGGAUGAGGAGAAAGUGGAACUGGCAGCGUAUCAUCUCCGAGAUCAAGCAGUCACAUGGUGGGACAUGCAGAAGACGAUCUUUGGAGAGCCGCGCAUCACAUGGGCGAUGUUCCGAGACGCGUUUGAGCGGCAAUAUUUCCCAGCGACCUUCUGUCUAGCUCGACGCCAGGAAUUUCUGAAUCUCAAGCAGGGCGACCGGUCAGUGAUGGAGUACAAUGCUGAAUUCUGUAGGUUGGCAGAAUUUUGUCCUCACUUAGUGGCACAAGAUUAUGAUCGUAUGCAGCAGUUCACUCAGGGUCUUGCAGCAUACAUUCGGAUUCGGAUGUCAGGAUUUCCAGGUAGUUCCUAUCGGGAGGUUCUAGAUCGAGCACUAUUCAUAGAGAUGACUCAGCAGCAGGUAAAUCAGGAGAAAGGACAUGAAAAGCAGUCGUCGCAAAAGAGAGGGAAUAGAGAUUUAUUGAUAGAUACUGGUAGUUCCCAUUCGUUCAUAUCUCGAGUAUUUUUGGGUAAAAUCGGGAGAUUGCCUAGUCGUCGGACACACGGGCUGACAGUAUCUCUACCAUCUGGCGAGGUAUUGGAGAUGGUGGAAUUUGACAUUAUAUUGGGCAUGGAUUGGCUGGCCAUGAACCAUGCCACAGUUGACUGCAGAGCGAGAGUAGUCACAUUCCGACCUCCCGGUUUACCAUCUUGGUCAUUCAUCGGAACCGGGGGUGAUGGGAUAUCGGUCAUAUCAGCAAUGCAAGCGAGAAGAUUACUGUCGCAGGGUUGUCAGGGAUAUUUGCUGUCUAUGGUUAAAGCUGAUACAGAUGCAUUACCACGACUCUCGGACGUUCCUAUUGUUCGAGAAUUUUUAGAUGUAUUCCCUGACGAACUCCCCGGUUUGCCUCCUAAAAGGCAAGUCGAGUUUACGAUUGAGUUGGUUCCGGGAACCGCACCGGUAUCCAAGACCCCUUAUCGCAUGGCACCAAAGGAGUUAGAGGAGCUGAAGGUUCAGUUACAGGAGCUGUUGGACAGAGGAUUUAUCCGUCCCAGUGUUUCUCCGUGGGGAGCACCAGUACUCUUCGUUAAGAAGAAAGACGGAUCACUGAGACUAUGUAUUGAUUACCGACAGUUGAAUGCGGUCACUAUCAAGAACAAAUAUCCACUGCCACGUAUAGAAGAUUUAUUUGAUCAGCUGAAGGAUACCUGUGUAUAUUCAAAGAUUGAUUUGCGCUCAGGCUAUCAUCAGCUCAGGGUUGGAGAUGCGGAUAUUCCGAAGACAGCAUUUCGCACUCGUUAUGGUCAUUACGAGUUCUUGUUCGUUAUUGUGUUUAUCGACGAUAUUCUGAUAUAUUCCCGAUCUGAGAAGGAACACAGGCGACAUCUUCGCAUAGUUUUGGAGAUGCUACGGCGAGAACACCUCUAUGCGAAGUUUAGUAAAUGCGCCUUUUGGCUACCUUCGGUGGGUUUUCUUGGACAUGUCGUUUCCAGCAGAGGUAUAUCAGUUGACCCACAGAAGAUUGAGGCAAUCACUAGUUGGGAGCAGCCGAAGACAGUACAGGAGAUACGUAGUUUUUUGGGUCUAGCUGGCUAUUAUCGGAGAUUUGUCGAGGGUUUUUCCAGCAUAGCCUUGCCUUUGACACGAUUGACCCGGAAGGGAGAGAAGUUUAGCUGGACGGAAUCUUGUGAGCAGAGCUUCCAGGAGCUCAAGCGGAGGCUUGUUACUGCACCAGUGUUAGUACUUCCCUCUGGCAUGGAUGGAUUUGUACUUUUCACGGAUGCAUCUUAUCAGGGAUUGGGUGCCGUACUUAUGCAGCGCGAUCGUGUGGUGUCAUAUGCCUCACGUCAGCUGAAGGAUCAUGAGAGGAACUAUCCAGUUCAUGAUUUGGAGUUGGCAGCUAUCAUCUUCGCACUGAAGAUUUGGCGACAUCAUUUAUAUGGGAUCACCUUUGAGAUUUAUACAGAUCAUAAAAGUCUCAAGAAAUCCCGUGGAGUUUUGGCUUGUCACCGAGUGAUGGUUACAGAGUUGAUACAGAACUUCUCUGAGUUGGGGUUGAUGGAGCAAGCACAGACAGAGCGAGGCUUGCUAGUCACCAUGGUUGCUCAGUCACCUAUAGUGGAGCGUAUCAAAGAGGCUCAGGCUACAGAUCAGCAUCUAUUAUGUGUCCCUGAGUCACAUCCUGUCCAGGAGGACUUACUACGGGAAGCACAUCGAUCUAGAUUUGCGAUUCAUCCAGGAGGUACUCGCAUGUACAGGGAUCUGAAACGAUCAUACUGGUGGAAUGGUAUGAAGAAGGAUAUUGCGGUAUUUGUGGCGCAGUGUUUAGUUUGUCAGCAGAUCAAGGCAGAGCAUCAGAGACCAGCUGGUUACCACUCAGCGAUUCAGAUGGCACCAUUCGAGGCAUUAUAUGGCAGAGCAUGUAGAUCUCCUACUUUAUGGGACGAGGUUGGAGAAUCGUCAGUCUUGGGACCUCAGCGUAUUCAGCGAGAUGCAGAGUUGGUUGGCACCAUCAGACGUAGAAUGACAGAAGCCCAAGACCGACAGAAAAGCUACGCGGAUCGGAGACGGAGACCUUUGGAGUUCUUUGUGGAUGAUCACGUGUUCCUGCGAGUGUCUCCUACCAAGGGAGUGAGGAGGUUUGGGUUAAAAGGGAAGUUAGCUCCCCGUUACAUCGGACCUUUCCAGAUACUUGAGCGGAUCGGGGAGGUAGCAUAUCGACUGGCGCUGCCACCUUCACUUGCUGGGGUGCAUGAUGUAUUUCACGUGUCUAUGUUGAGGAAAUAUGUGCCACACCCUACACAUAUUUUGACAGAUGUCUCGAUCACCCUUCAGCCAGAUCUAACGUAUGAGGAGGUUCCAGUGCGGAUAUUAGAUCGCAAGGAACGUCAGCGGCGAAACAAGACAAUCCGAUUGGUCAAGGUUGGUUGGGGGCAUCAUUCAGAUGACGAGGCAACCUGGGAGCUGGAGGAUGAGAUCCGAGCGCGGUACCCACAGUUGUUUGAUGAAGGUAUGUAA